AUGAACCCCAUCUCCUACCCGGCCCCAAGGGUGUCUCAGGUAGACGCCCAUAUCCUUGACUCGGAGCUUCUCUCUCUUCUCAAGGAGCAACUUUCCUCCGUUUUUCAUCUCCAUUCCAACAGCCGUUGGUCCUACAAUCAGCAUCCAGAAUUCUGGUCCUUACUUCUCAAUCUUGUCAUAUUCAGAGAGACUGUGUGGAAAAAAGGGUCCUCCUACGGGUUGUCGUUACAGAACCUCAAGCUUACAGACUUGAAAUCGGGAAAAAUCAUCGGUAAGUCCAAGAAAUCGUUGUUGUUCUUACUCUUGCUUGGAACCUAUGGUUUUAACAAGCUCCAGUCAUACUUGUACUCGAUUGAAGACGAACCAGGAUACAAUGAACACGGGAUAGUUCAGCGGGUGAGGCAGGCAUUGCUAAAGCACAAAGCGUUGAUUCUUUCCAAGGUAGACCAUACCUUGAAGAUCGUCAAUUUGAUCAACUUUUCCUUGUUUCUUUUGAACGGAAAGUACCCCUCCAUCACCCACAGGAUUCUCGGCAUCUCCUUGACGCCCAUCGUAACGGACCUCCUCAAGUUCAACGGAAACAAUGUCAAUUUCGAGUUCCAGAACAGGCAAUUGGUGUGGAACGUGAUGACUGAAUUCUUGGUCUUUACUCUUCCUCUACUCCAGCUAGGCAAAUUGAAGAAAAUGGCCAUGAAAAUCCUCGACAGAGGCUCCAAGAAGAGGACUCCCGAAAACGAAUCGGUAACGCAAUACACCAACCUUCCCGUUUCACAAUGUGCCAUAUGCCACGAUAUCAACUUCCGAGCAGCUCUGGCUGGACAGAAGACGUUUCCGUCCGCUGGCACUGUCACCAACCCCUACAUCACCAACUGUGGCCACAUCUACUGUUACGUGUGCAUAGCCACCCGUUUCAACUCCAUUAAGACCACAGGCGAGGAGUUGGGAUGCCUUCGGUGCAACCAGAAGUUGGAAUGGUUCAAAGAGCACAACGAGGACAUCGACGAGGAUGCCAUUCUUUUCGAGGCACAACACAUAGAGGUGGACAGCGAAGAGGCUAGCCCUUUCGUCGAGGAGCAAGACUCAGCCAGUGACAGCGAAGAAGAGAGCGAAGACGAAAGUGAGGAAUACGAGGACGGAGAGGAUGAAGCAUUUGAUAUGUGAUAUGUAUUGAAAGCGAAUGGGGACGAAGCGAACUAAGUGAAAAUAGCCUGCUAUGGCACUUCCGUCCCCAGAGAUCUGAGUUAAUGACAAAAUAAAUGGAUGAUUUCUGGUUCAAUUUUGUUGUGACUAGACAAAUAUUGAAAAUACAGCACCCAUACUUAGUACAACUUCCCAUUGCUAACUUCUCAGUUGUGACGAUCUGGUUUGACAUUUCCCUUGACCACAAUAAUGGCGAGUUGGAGUGAAAGAGAGAGAAAUUACUCCUACUGGGUGGACACUCAAUGGUGUAAAUGGAGCUCAAUACAACGGAUGUAGGGCUACCGUACCAGAAGUAGUAUUUAUAUAAGAACAGAAGAAAAUAUUGAGAACCUAGAUAUUUUCAGCAAGUAUGAUGUUUAUGUUG